CAAAGUCUCAUGACUUCAUAACUAUAAAGCUAUGUCUGUCUUUCUUGUGUACAUGCGUUUUAUAAUGGAUGAAAUUUAAUAUAUAAAUUGUGCCGAUUGAUGUGUGUUUUGCUUUUUAGUGUGAAAGUCAAUAAUAUUAUGUGAGCAAAUAAAAUAAAUAGUAACGUAUAUAAAGAAAUUAAUAAUUUAAAUGUGAAAUCCGUAUAACAAGGACAAAAACAGCUCGAUUGCUGUCCUUCAAAAUGGCGGCCACUAAUAAAACGCAGAAAUAUAAUUUUGAGAAAAUAUGUCGUGCUUGUUUGCAAAUAAAGAAGGACAUGCGACCAUUAUUUGAGCAACUUACUGCUACAAUGUUAAUGGGCAUAUCAAAAGUGCAGGUAGCAGUGGGCGAUGGACUACCAUCCCAGCUGUGCUUACAAUGUGUCCACCAGAUAUCCCGGUCUCACGCGUUCAAGGAUCUCGUCGAGAGAAACGAUGGUUUACUCCGCGAACAAGUGAAAGCGAUGGCGGAGGAAACUCUCAAAGAGAAUCUAGAGAAGGAGAAAGAAGUGCAAUCCGUAUACAGAACUAUACAGUUCAUAGAAGUACCGAAACUUAGUAGCAAUGCGAAUCAAAUCCUAGAGGGAUUUUUCACGGAAACAGCUGAUCAGAACAAUAUAACUCAAGAAAUAUUGCAAAAAGAAGAUUUUGAUAUCGAUAAGCUGGAUACUGAACCAGUACCUCAAACGAAAACGGACGAAGGUUUGAAUUCGGAUGAAGAGAAUUACCUCCAAAUGGUAGUCUUCCAAGCGACGUCAUCAGUGGCACCUGGACGCCAUGUUUGUAAUUUAUGCCAUAAAGAGUUCAAACAUGCAAGAUGGCUAAAACUACAUAUGCGCUCACAUUCAAACUGGAUCAAAGCAAACUGCAAGAAACCGCCCAAAUGUCCCAUUUGUGAGAGAACUUUCAAAGGUCCCGGCAUGUUGAAAAUGCAUAUGCGUACCCACGAACAGCGACCACCGAAACAGCCAACUUGUUCUGUAUGCCAACGCACGUUCCCGACCAAGACGUUGCUGUAUCGCCAUAGACAAACGCACUUCGAACAGAAAACGCACCAAUGUACCGUUUGCGAGAAACGCUUCUUUAGUGGAUACGCAUUAAGGUCGCAUAUGGCUCGGCACAGAGGAGAGAGGCCUUAUAUGUGCGCUAUAUGUUCCAAGAGUUUCUAUAAUCCUACUGACUUGAAGGUUCAUUUUCGCUUGCACACCGGCGAGAAGCCUCUGAAGUGUUCGGAAUGUAACAAGACGUUCAGACGACACUCGACUCUGUGUCAGCACAUGAAGAAGCACCGAGGUAUCCGGAACCAUGUCUGUACGAUUUGCACAAAGGCGUUCUAUGAAGUUUCGAAGCUGAAUGCGCAUAUGAGAGUUCACACAGGCGAGCGUCCCUUCGAGUGUCAGUUCUGCGAGCGAAAGUUCGCGCAGCAGUCCGCCCUAAUCUACCACCGCCGCACGCACACGGGGGAGAAGCCCUACGCCUGCAAGGCCUGUCCCGCGCGCUUCACCACCUCCUCCGCCAGGAACAACCAUCUGCUCACGCACACCGGGAACAAAAAGUUCGUGUGCCCGGUGUGCUUCAAGGGCUGCUCGUCGCGCACGGAGCUGCGCGUGCACUCCAGCAAGCACACGGGCGAGAAGCUGUUCGGCUGCGCGCUGUGCUCGCAGCGGUUCAGCUCCGCCUCCUACCUCGCCGUGCACCGCCGCCUGCACACCGGCGAGAAGAAGUACCAGUGCGACGUCUGCGGGAAGGGUUUCGUGGAAUGCAAUUCGUACAAAAAACACAUAAAGACACAUUUACUGGAGAAAAAAGAUAAUGAAGCUCCAGACACGACAGACGCGGAUACGAAUUUCGAAACGGAAACGCAGGCGAACAAAGAGCCCGAAGUGAAAUCCAUCGAUAAAGAAGAAAGUGCCGAAACUGAAGAAACGCACGCACAGAUAGAAGGGCAAAUAGUCCAAGUGCAAAGCCAAGGGGAGAACGGAACGCAGAAGAGAUUUAAAUGCGGUAUAUGUGUGAAAAGCUAUAUGUAUUUACACAGUUUGAAGAAACACAUGCUCAGCCACGUGCAGAUGUGUGUGUUCAGUCCGGAUGGGUCGGAGAAGUUGUAUGCGUUCAAGCAACAGCAAGAACUUCAACAGCAACAGCAACAACAACAGCAACAACAGCAGCAGCAACAACAACAGCAGCAGCAGCAACAACAACAACAGCAGCAGCAACAACAACAACUCCAGCAGCAAGCGCAGCAGCAAGCACAACAACAGCAGGUGCAGCAGCAGCAAGUGCAACAGCUCCAACAGCAAGUGUUGCAAGUGGGAAGCGUACAACAACUAACGUUACCGAUACACACUAAUCACGUACAGCAAGGAAUCACUGUUUCUGGGGGAGGGCAACAGUACCCGGUAAUAUCAUCAGUUCAGUCGUUGCAGCUGCAACAGACACAUCAACAGAUAAAUACGCAGCAGCCGCAACUACAGGUGCAGACCAUCCAGAUACAUCCUCAGCACCAGCCUAUUCAGAUACAUGCGGUGGGCGUUCAACAAGUACAGCAAGUGCAGCAGGAACAGCUGCAUGUAGCUACGUCAUCGUGUCAGACCAUGCUGCCCAAUAUACUACAGCUGCAGCCGGGCGCCGUGGUGUCGGGGCUGGCGCCGGAGCUGGGCGGCGUGCACCGCAUCAUCCUGCAGCCGCCCACGCACCCCGCACUCUACACCAUCCACCACUGAGCGUCACACUCGCCCCGCACCCCUGAACUUGCGACCGCAUUUCUAGUUUUGGCGAUUUAAAAUUAAAGUUAUAACUGUAUACACCGUGAUGCCACAAAUAUUGUUCGUAAUGAUAGUUACGUAACUUUCGACACUUAUUUUAAAUUAGCUUUGUGAGUCACAGGGAGACUGAUGAGUAUGUGUCUACAUAAAAAAAAUGACUUGAUUAUAUGUACCAAAAUGUAAAUAGUAGGAUGUUUAAAUAACCAGAUACUUUAAUGUAAUUGGUCAAUGGUUGCAAAAAGUUUUUUUUUAACCGACUGAAAUAUAAUUUUAUGUUCUGUUCA